GGGACAAAAAUAACAACGACGAGUUUUGCCAUCUCUCUCUCUUUCUCUCGCUCUUAUCUUAUCCUUCUCUCUCGGAGCAGACACAAAAUCUCCACACAAAAAAAGGGACAGAGACAGACUUUUUUUAAAUGGAUUCACAAGAGAUUGUUUACGCAACAUUUCAUCUCAGUGAAUUAAUUCAAUCCAUGACACAUUGUGUCAGUAGUACAUAUCAGAUCAUAGAAUAAAGACAUUGAAAUACUUCGCCCAUACGUUUUAUUUUUUUUGAUGGAUAUUUGCGGUGAUAUCAUUAUGGCAUAAUUCUGUGUCAAAUUUAUUGAACAAAGUUCAACUACAUUCUCUCCACUUACACAAAAAGGAGAGAGAGUGAAAUCUGUAUGACGUCAUAGGUGAUGUGUGACAGGAUUGGUUGCCUGGGGUUUUGUGGGUACUCCAGAAUGUUUACCAGCUGAGCAGAAAAAAAGAAGCAGUGUUGUGAGCGCCAAAGAUUACACUGAAAUACGUUUUUUUUUUCUCCUCCCCCCCACCACACGUAAUCUACAUUUUCCCCCUUUUCAAAAUCUCCAAGUCAUAUUUGCAAGGAGAAGAAGCGAUACAGUAACUUUUUGUUCCUUCCUGAUUGUAAGACCAGAUAUAAAAUGAAAACGGAGGUAUCCACAGCAGCGAAUUUCAUCUCCAGAUUACUGAAAACAACUGGACUGCUAUCCGAGGAGCAACUUCAGCAUUUCAGCUAUUCCCUCGAAAAAUCUCUGGGAGAGCACUACAAACACCACUGGUUCCCUAAUGCUCCCUGCCGGGGCUCAGCUUACAGAUGCAUCAGAAUCAACGAGAACCACAAGAUGGACCCAGUCAUCGGUGAAGCCGCCGUCACCAUCGGACUGACCAGAGAACAGCUCUUCAUCCUUCUGCCCAGUGAGCUUACCAUGUGGGUGGAUCCAUACGAGGUGUCAUACCGGAUAGGAGAGGACGGCUCCAUCUGCGUUCUCUAUGAAUCUGAGCCAUCGUCAUCGUCAACACAGCCUGAAACAGCCUCUAUCCAGAGCCAAGGGGACAGCAACAACAGAGCCAGUUCGGACAGCUGCAAAGGUGAACUGAGAGUGGGGAUGGGGAGGUCCAAAAAGCCCAAGUCCUUCACCACGAUAAGGAUUUCCAGCAGCUAAAUGGUUACCUGCCCCAUCCACCUGGACACUUGGACAUUGGUCAGACACACAUAUUGGUUAGAAUAAUUUAAUUUAAUAAUUCAUUUCUUUCUUAAUAUUAAAAUAUGUUCAGUACUCUGAUUAUCAACUUGUUCACCUUUAUGGAUACUACACUACUAUUUUGAGAUUAUUGACAGAAAAUUAAUUUUAGCGUAUGGUCUUGAUGUUGCUCAUUUAUAUAAAGGCAUAUUAAAACACACGGCAUUUGAA